UUUAUGCCUGGAACAUAUUUGUCAUUUAGACUUCUGUAUUAGUACCAUGCCUAGCAGAAUGGGAUCGAAAAUGAAUCUGAACAGAGACUUCAUCAGAGUAAAAGCACAUUAUAAUGGGGACAUCCUAAUAACAAAUUUGGAUGCAUCAAUGAACUAUGGUGAACUUUGUGAUGAAGUGAGGGAGAUGUGCAGUUUACAACAGGAACAGCCAAUUACCCUCAAGUGGAUUGAUGAUGAAGGUGAUCCGUGUACUAUCUCAUCUCAGAUGGAACUGGAAGAAGCCUUCCGUUUGUAUUGUCAUCAUCGAGAUGAAGGGCUCAUUAUUCAUGUUUUCCCCAGCAUUCCAGAGAAACCAGGCAUGCCAUGUCCAGGAGAAGACAAAUCAAUCUACCGACGUGGAGCAAGAAGAUGGAGGAAGCUCUACCGAGUGAAUGGGCAUCUGUUUCAAGCCAAACGCUUUAACAGAAGAGCAUAUUGUGGCCAGUGCAGUGAAAGGAUAUGGGGUCUCGGAAGGCAAGGCUACAAGUGUAUCAACUGCAAAUUGCUGGUCCAUAAACGCUGUCACAUACUUGUUCCACUGACCUGCAAAAGGCAUAUGGAUUCGGUCAUGCCUUCCCAGGAACCUCAAUUAGAUGAUAAAAAUGAUGAAGUUGACCUCCCCUCAGAAGAAACUGAUGGAAUCCCUUACAUUCCUUCAACCCGGAAACAUGACAACAUUAAAGAUGACUCUGAGGAUAUCAAGCCAGUUAUUGAUGGAAUGGAUGGAAUUAAGAUUUCUCAGGGGCUUGGACUACAGGACUUUGACUUAAUCAGAGUUAUUGGACGUGGAAGUUAUGCCAAAGUUCUUUUAGUACGGUUAAAAAAGAAUGAUCAAAUUUAUGCCAUGAAAGUAGUGAAAAAAGAAUUGGUCCAUGAUGAUGAGGAUAUUGAUUGGGUACAGACAGAGAAACAUGUGUUUGAACAGGCAUCCAGUAAUCCAUUCCUAGUUGGUUUACAUUCGUGCUUUCAAACAACAAGUCGAUUGUUUCUUGUCAUAGAGUAUGUAAAUGGGGGAGAUCUCAUGUUUCAUAUGCAACGGCAAAGAAAACUUCCUGAAGAACAUGCAAGAUUUUAUGCUGCUGAAAUUUGUAUUGCUCUGAACUUCCUACACGAGAGAGGAAUAAUCUACAGAGAUUUAAAACUAGACAAUGUUCUGCUAGACGCAGAGGGUCAUAUCAAGUUAACAGAUUAUGGCAUGUGCAAGGAAGGAUUGGGCCCUGGUGACACUACAAGCACUUUCUGUGGAACGCCAAAUUACAUUGCACCAGAGAUCCUAAGAGGGGAAGAAUAUGGGUUCAGUGUGGACUGGUGGGCUCUUGGUGUCCUGAUGUUUGAAAUGAUGGCAGGAAGAUCUCCAUUUGAUAUAAUAACUGACAAUCCAGACAUGAACACUGAAGAUUACCUCUUCCAAGUUAUCCUUGAAAAGCCAAUCCGGAUUCCAAGAUUUCUCUCUGUCAAGGCCUCUCAUGUCUUAAAAGGAUUUUUAAACAAGGAUCCCAAAGAAAGGCUUGGCUGCCAGCUAGAGACAGGAUUUUCUGAUAUCAAGUCUCAUACAUUUUUCCGCAGCAUAGACUGGGAUCUGCUGGAAAAGAAGCAGGCGACCCCUCCAUUUCAGCCUCAGAUCACAGACGAUUAUGGUUUGGAUAACUUUGAUACACAGUUCACCAGCGAACCUGUGCAGCUAACCCCAGAUGAUGAAGAUGUAAUAAAAAGAAUAGAUCAGUCGGAAUUUGAAGGAUUUGAAUACAUUAACCCAUUGUUGCUGUCAACAGAGGAAACAGUAUGAAGGAAUGACAUCUCCAUUGUGGACAAAUAAUGUGAAUGAACU